AUGCCGGCACCCAAGCCUGGCGGGGCUACGCAGCCUCGGAAGAAGCGAGCUCGCAGCAAGCAGGAGGCCUUGGAAGCCACAGUCGUCGUUGGAACAUACGAUGGCGGGCUUCUGGGAUUCGGCUUGGAAGAUGGAGGUCAGACCUUCGGCUAUGCGCCACACGUUGGCUGCAUCAAGGCGGUGCACUGCAAUCAGGAGGGCAAGCUGGCAUCUGGUGCUACAGACAAUGCUGUCCGACUCUUUGACUUGGCUAAGAGGGUCGAGCUUGGAGAGCUACAAGAACACCAGGAUUCAGUGUCAGCCUUGCAGUUCUGGAAGGGCACUCUGAUUACGGCAAGCAGCGACGGGCAGGUUUGCAUUUGGCGUGGCGGAGAUUUCGAGCUCCUCCUCAAGUUCCAAGGCCACAAGGCUGCAGUCACCAGCUUGGCUGUUCAUCCUUCCGGACGCAUGAUUGCAAGUGCUGGUCGUGACCAACGGAUACAGCUGUGGGAUCUAACGCGUGGGACCUCGGCUGCCCACCUGACAAUGAAGGAGAUUGUAGAGACCCUCGAAUGGUCUCCAUGCGGAGACCGCCUUGGCGUUCUAAGCGCACGUGAGCUGCUGGCCGUGCAGGUGAGAACUACCGCCACAGCCUCCUUCAAAGAUCAGUCAUCAGAAGGGUUCGUUCGAAUCAAUCUCACUGCCAUGACGUGGCUGUCGUCCACGAUGCUGGCACUUGGCGAUGCUAAAGGCGAAGUCCAGAUUCUCCACAACAGCGAUGAUGCUCUGACACAGGCCUGCAAGCUGCCGAGGGAAGCUGGGGCAGCGUCUGCCCGAGUGAAGGCUUUGGCUAUCUGUGCCGCCCACUUGCUGGUCGGGCUGAGCAGCGGUGAAGUGGAAGUUUGGCUGAUGCCAGACAAGAUUGGGGCAAAGUCACCGCCGGCAUGGUCUCUGGACAGUUUCAAGAAGCUGCGCGUGGUUGAGACAAAGAGCCGGCUCACGUGCCUUGCAGUUUGGGCUCCUGAGGAGGCAAGCAGCUCAAAAGGCAAGAAGCCAAAGAAAAGCUGA